AUGGAAAUGGAAAUCGAGGAGCUGAAGCGUCAAAGGGAUCUUGCACAGUCACAAGUUGAUGAGUUACGCAGAAAACUUCAGGAAGAACAGGGACCAAAGCCAUCUGAAUCUGUUAGUCCGGUUGUGAAGAAAUGUCUCUCAUUCUCCGGCACAUUAUCUCCAAACCUUGAAGAAAAAGCACCUGUCCGUAGUGAAAGAACAAGAAACACAAUGGGAAGGCAGUCAAUGAGGCAGUCUUUAGCUGCCCCUUUUACACUCAUGCAUGAGAUUCGAAAACUCGAACAUCUCCAGGAGCAGCUUGGAGAUGAAGCAAAUCGAGCAUUGGAAGUACUGCAGAAGGAAGUUGCAUGUCAUAGGCUAGGUAACCAAGAUGCUGCAGAAACUAUUGCUAAGCUGCAAGCAGAGAUCAGAGAAAUGCGUUCUAUACGGCCACUUCCCAAAGAAGUUGAAGUUGGAAGCGUUGUUGCUGUCAAUAAGAGUGUCAGUGCCAACCUGAAGGAAGAGAUAGCCAGACUUCACUCACAAGGAAGCACAAUUGCUGAUCUUGAAGAACAGCUAGAAAAUGUUCAGAAAUCACUAGACAAACUGGUUAUGUCUCUUCCAAGCAAUAAUGAUCAACAGUCAAACAAUGACACCACACAAAAGGCAAAGCAUCCAUCAAAAAAGAAGAAGCUGCUUCCAUUGACCUCGAGCAACAGUAUCAACAGGCAAAAUUUCUUGAAAUCUCCUUGUUCUCCUCUAUCAACCGCACGACAAGUACUGGAUUGUGAGGUUGAAAAUAGAGCUCCAGAUUCGGAUGAUUUGUCCUGUGAAAUUCAGCCGGAUGAGACUCCUACAAAAAGUGAUGGAGGAGAUGUUUCAUCAAAGGAAGGCACUCCAUAUCGCCGUUCCAGUUCUGUGAACAUGAGAAAAAUGCAGAAGAUGUUUCAAGAGGCAGCAGAAGAGAACGUCAGAAACAUAAGAUCAUAUGUGACAGAACUUAAAGAACGGGUGGCCAAGCUUCAAUACCAAAAGCAGCUCCUCGUAUGCCAGGUGCUUGAGCUGGAAGCAAAUGAAGCGGCUGGAUACAAUUUAGAGGAUGAUGAAAACAUUCAUCAGAUCCCAGAAGAGUCCCCAGUUUCAUGGCAAAUCACAUUUAAGGAACAGAGGCAGCAAAUUAUUGACUUAUGGGAUGUUUGCUACGUUUCCAUUAUUCAUAGGUCACAGUUCUAUCUGUUAUUUAAGGGAGACCCUGCUGAUGAAAUAUAUCUGGAAGUUGAACUCAGGCGCUUGACAUGGUUACAACAGCACCUGGCUGAGCUUGGAAAUGCAACCCCGGCUCGUGUUGGAAAUGAGCCAACAGUCUCUUUGUCAUCAAGCAUUAGAGCUUUGAAGAGGGAAAGAGAAUUUCUAGCCAAGAGAUUGACAACCCGUCUGACAGCUGAAGAAAGAGAUUAUCUAUACAUAAAAUGGGAAGUUCCUUUGGAGGGAAAACAAAGGAGAAUGCAAUUUAUUAACAAGCUUUGGACAAAUCCGCAUGAUGCAAAGCAUGUACAUGAGAGCGCCGAGAUAGUGGCAAAGCUAGUAGGUUUCUGUGAAGGAGGGAACAUGUCAAGAGAGAUGUUUGAGCUUAAUUUUGUCCUUCCAUCCGAUAGGAGGCCAUGGUUCGCUGGCUGGAACCAAAUCUCUGACCUCCUUCAUAUCUAAGAAGCUUAGAUUCUUUUUGUAAGUAAAUUGAUUGUAUUGCGUGUUGUUUCAUGUAUAUGAAACUCUGGAGCCUCCCAAUUUUGGAGCCUCCAAGUUGUUCCAGUUACUGAUAAAUUUAGAACAGUAUGAAGGAUUAGAAUUUGAGGCAUCACAUCAUGCAGCUUCAUUUUCUGAAUAAAUAAUUCAAUUGAAAUUGUGAUAUCUGUGCUAGAUUAGUACUUGUUCGCUAUCCACCUAUACAAAUUUCCUGCACAAGCAUAUUUUUUAGUUCACAUACAUAACAAGAGGAGCAGGGAAAAGGAAGACAGAAAAAAGAAAUUGGAAACUGAGGGAUUUGUUAUGCUUACUUGCAAAUCCUCCAACAAUUAGGCUUGAUAUGGAGCUCUAAUUUCAUCUAGAAUGAUGAUAAUGGUAACAUGGUCCAUUUUGAGUUUAAUUUUAGGUCCCAGCAACAAAUUUUAGUAUUCUUCCCCCACUGAGGAUUCAAAAACUCCACUUUGGUUGACUUAUUUUAUUCAAUUAUAAAGGCGAUUACUUUUCCCUGAAGUAUUUUUGGGUCCACUUAUUUGUUUUCUUUUUCCACUUAAAUUCCCUCUUUUGAGUUUUCUCAUGCCUUUCUUUCUCCAGAAUCUUAUUAUCUCUUAAUUAUUCAUGUCCUCUUUUUGGGAAGUUCUUGUUCUUAAAUAGUAGCAAGAAAUGGCUGCUGCAGGGAUUACAAGCACGUCGGUUAAAAGAGCUGGAUCACACCCGAGUUGAGAACUUGCAAGUUAACUCGAACAAUAAAAAUUUUGCAUUUAGUCCAAGUAAAUCAAAGGCCAAGAAUAGAGACAUAGAGAAAUACCACAUAUCGUCUUGGGAAAACUUAUGACAGAACUUAUACAUAUUAAAACCAUUGAUAUUAAAGUAGCAUGGGUUCAUCUCUUUUCAUUCAAGAGUACGUAAAUAAAGCAAGCAAAGACACAUAACUAAACAAAGAGUGAAGAUCAUAGUACACACAGUAACUCUAAUGAGACAU